AUGGAAAAAGAGAAUCACACUUUGGUGAGGAAGUUAACUUUCCAGGGUUUCUCCAGCUUCCAUGAGCACCAGCUCACCCUCUAUGUUGUAUUCCUUGCAGUGUACAUAUUAACCCUGGCAGGUAAUGUCAUCAUUGCGACCAUCAUUAGCCUUGAUCAUCACUGCUACACCUCCAGCAUGCUAUCAGCUUGAGAGACUGCGUACACACUCGUCAUUAUACCCAGGAUGCUCUGUAACCUCAUAGGCUUGAGUCAGCCCACCUUCUGGGCUGGCUGUGCCACUGAAAUAUUCUCCUUCACCACUUUGGCCAUCAACAACUGUUUCCUCCUCGCAGUGAUUAAGUACAACUGCUAUGUAACUAUUUGGAACCCCUUAAGGUAUUCUGUUAGCAUAAAUAAGAGAGUGUGCAUCCAAUUGGUGGGGGCCUACAGAAUUGGCCUAAUUGUGGCCAUGACACAGGUAUCAGCUGUGUUCAGGUUGCCCUCCUGUGCCACAAAGAUGUAUCAUUUUUUUUGUGACAUCCAAGCUGUGAUGAAACUCUCCUGCAUUGACACAACUGUCACUGAGAUCCUUACUUUGAUCAUCAGUAUGCUGGUGAUCCUGGUUCUCAUGGGAUUGAUUUUUGUUUCCUACAUCCUCAUCAUCUCCACCAUCCUCAAGAUUGCCUCAGCUGGGGGCUGAAAGAAGGCCUUUGCUACCUGUGCUUUUCAUAUCACCAUGGUCAUUGUACACUAUGGCUAUGCCUCCAUUGCCUACCUCAAGCCCAAGUCAGAGAACACCAAGGAUCAAGAGCAUCUAAUCUUAGUGACCUAUACCAUCAUCACCCCCAUAGUGAACCUUGUGGUAUACACCCUGAGGAACAAAGAGGUCAAUUAUGCUUUGCUCUGGGCCAUUGUCAGGAAGCUUUCCUGA